AGACUGCCGUGCUAUUUAGGAUAAAUAGCCUAUAUGGAAGUUUGGUAGCAAUAAUACACGCAAGUCUAUGACACUUUAUGAACUUCCUGGAACUAUGCAUAGCGUUAUGUGUAUAAUGUCUGUGUGUGAAUUGCCUAUCGGCGACUUCUGACUUUCCGUAAGUCAAGUUUUCACGUCCAAUUUCGUCGCGAUUUCUUUGCCGAUGAGGGUAUCUCGAUAAUUCCACGAGAGAGGAUUUAAUGAACUACGGGAUUUUCUGGUUCUCUGAAAGUGGAAUUUAGUCAAACUUUUCCGAACCCAUCUCGGUCGGACGGACGAUUGCGUGGAAAAGGGUUCGUCAAAAAUGAUGGCGGCCCAGGACGAUAAGGCCCCGUUUGAUGAUAGCAAUAAACAUUUAUGGCACUUUGGUGGUAUCACCCGAUCGGAGACGGACAACCUCCUGAUCCAAAAACGACCCGGGACUUUCCUGGUGCGUGACAGCAGGACGUGUCCAGGCGACUCAGUGCUGUGUGUUAGUGAAAAUAGUAAGGUAUCUCAUUAUAUCAUCACGAGGAAAGCGGAUCAGUUUGUGAUCGGUGAUCAGAUUUUCUCUACGCUACCUGACAUUCUGAACUUCUACCGAGGUCACUAUCUAGACACUACCGUCCUAGUCGAACCGUGUCCCAAGAACAGGAUGGUUCAGCCUCCUCCUCAGCUCCCAGUAUCAUCACCACCGUUGAACGAGAGAAAACCGCCCACACCGAACCCGGAUGUUCCUCCUGUCACUCCUAUACCGCCACCUGCCAUCGUCAGCAAUGCAGAGAGAUUCAGAGUUAAAUAUGACUUCUCAAGUGAGGAUGCCGAUGAUCUACCGGCACAGAAGAACGAGAUUCUGACGUUAAUUAAUCGAGACGAAGCUGAUUGGUGGACGAUGCGCAACUCAAGAGGGCAGGAAGGCCAGUUCCCCGUACCAUGGAUGGAGGCUCAGCUGCCGGUUGAACCACCCCCAGAGGUAUACCGCACUGUCACAUCGUACGGUAGAGCGACGCAGAGAAGAAUUCCCAACGCAUAUGACACGACACAACUUAAAUUUGAGAGAGGAGACAUUGUGAAAAUAAUCAAACAGCAUAUGAGCGGAUACUGGGAAGGAGAACUAGUCAAAGACGGAACUCAAGGAUUCUUCCCAUUUACAUUUGUAGAACUCCUUCCCCCGGAGGAAGCGGAUAGAAUAGGACAGAACGCCAGUCAAAACGGCAUGGAAGGCAACAACUCUCUUCUGAACUGAGCCUGGACUCUUAUCAUAUUAUUUUUGUCGAAACCGCGACUUGAAAUCGCUCGAGGAGAGAAACGUAUGAACGUGCUCCUAUAUUAUGUGUAUAGUAAUCAUCUAUAAUGAACCAAGAAUGAAUAGAUUUGUAACCGUGCAAGGAGUGAUUGUGUGGAGCACUGAAGUGGUGGCAGGAGUGGGAAUCGUGGAGGAUCAGGGAUCAGGAAUGGGAUCAGAAAUGGGUUCAGGAACGGGAUCACGGAGGAUCGGACAGGAGUGGGAUCAUGGAUGAUCGGGGAUCGUUAUGUUGCCAUUGAUAAAGACACGCAAACGGGAGUUUCAGUGUGAAUCGCAUCACAAUUCACCGACAACGAACUUGAUGGCAUCCUCGAUGUAGCAACGAACGAAUCUCGCAUGCAGCGAACUUGUGAUCUAACCUAAAGAUCACUCAGCAUCAUGUCGAUAAGAUAUUUAGAACAGCACGUGGUCCUGGCUCGGACGUGGAAAGUGCGUGGAUGACUUUUCUUUAUGGGGCGGUCCUUGAGAAGUGCA